UGCUGGGCUGGAGGGGGAAGUGUUUAUGCUAAAGUAACGGGACUGGGAAUUUGACGGCUUAACUCUGCUGAGUUAGUGGUUCCUGGCAGCGGCGCAUGCGCGGCUGCUGCCCUGCGGCUGCGGUGGAGCGGCGGCGACAGAAUCUUCCGCUCACACCACGACGACUCACACGACGGCGGCGGCGGCUGUGGACGCCCGGAGAGGGGACAAUGUCAGAAGAACCACCUCCUCCAUACCCAGGGGGGCCUUCUGCUCCACUGCUUGAAGAGAAGGGAGGACAAUCUGCACAAACAGUUUCUGCAGGGUAUAUGUUGCCUCCUACUGCUCCUCCUACCACCAUUCAACCUCAAGGAUAUUUUAUCCCACCAGAGGUUGGACCACCUCCGUAUGAGCUAACGCCACAACCAGGAUUUAUACCACUUCAUACACCUGCAGAAGGUGGUAUGCCAAUGCCACCACAUGGUUACUACCCAGCUGCAGGGCAUUUCCCACCUCCGGGUCACUUUGUACCCCCAGGUCCCUAUGCGCCCCCUCCUGGGCACUAUCCCCCUCUCAGUGGACAAACAGCAACUGUUAUAGUUCCCCCUGGUGCAGCAACAACAGUGACCGUACUGCAGGGGGAGAUGUUUCAAGCUGCACCUGUGCAGACUGUGUGCCCUCAUUGCCAGCAGGCCAUCACAACCAAGAUCACUUAUGAACUAGGCUUGCUCAAUACUUUAUUCUGUCUCUUCUGCUGUUUUAUGGGGUGCGAUUUGGGCUGCUGCUUAAUCCCAUGCUUGAUAGAUGACCUGAAGGAUGUAAUGCAUACUUGUCCAAACUGUAAAGCCUACAUAUAUACAUACAAGCGUGUGUGUUAACAUCGACCCUUACAAUGAUGUUAACUUUUUUGUUUCAAUUUACACACAUAGUGAUGCAGCAUUGUCUCGUGCUGUUUAACAAACUGUGAAUGCCUUAUCUGCAGAAUAUAUAAAUUGAACUAUUAAUGUAUUAACAAUGAAGUUUAGAUCUCCCAACUGAAAAUCCAAAACAUAAUAUUUAAUUCCACUUAAAGUAGUGAAAUUGCUAGUGAAACAAACUUAUGGCUAAUACCUUUUUGAAAACUAUAUUCAGUGUGGAAUCAUGUCAGUUGCAUAUUGAUGUGGAUUAUUGUGCCGAGUAGUGUGAAAAUGAAGGAUAAAUAAUUAGUUUAGGGUAUCAAAAGUCAGCCUUCCGUCCCAAAAUAUUGCCUGGUGCAGCAAUAUGUUUGUGAUGUUUAUAUUUAAUAUGUAGUUUAAUAUAAAUCUAUUAAUGUGCUCUAUAGAAAAUACAGGAAUUCGAGUGCAUUCUUUAAACCCCAGGGAAAAUAGUUUUGGCGUCUGGCACGUGUUACUGCUUAAUGGGAGCACAUGCAUGGGUGUGUUUUAUAAUAUGACAUGCAUUCUUGUCAUUCAAUACUUGCAAUUGGUAUGUUUUUUUCUUGGUUCAAAAAUCCAUCCCGAUACAGGUCUGAGACUGAAUUUCUGAACAGCUGUUAGUUGCCGGAAAGGAACUAAGGUUAAAAUGAAUGUUGAUGUUAGAAACAGUAUUUUGAAGAGAUGAAGGUUUUAAUCUGCUAAAAUAUGAACUUGGCACAUUUUAUUGCUGCCUUUCUAAUUUAGUUUAAAACAAAACAUUAAAGGUUCUGAGCCAUGACAAAUGUGUUAUCAUGAUUAUAGUGAACUCGUGUCAGUCUAAAUCAUUUUAAUGGAACUUUAACAGAGGAUAUUUUUUUAAAAAUAACAUCACCUGUAAGCUUUAAGUCCAAACAUGUAGCUUAGAUUUUGUGGAUCCAAACAAGGUUUUUUUUUUCCCCCCAGUUUGAGGAAUAUUGUCUGUUAAUGAUAACUGUCAGGGUGUCCUGAAAUGUUCUUUAUAGUAGUGUUUUGAAAUAUUGUACAGUGCAGAAAUAUUGGAUAUAUUCAGAAUAUAAAUGUGGUAAAAUAACUGUGCAGCUUGCAAGUAUUGCCUUUGCUAAGAUUCUGCUGCACAUAUAAACUUGCACUUUGCUUUAGUGUUUCUACUGUACAAUUUGCAUUAUGAACUUGGGGAAUUAUAACAAAUACUCCUCUGAAAAUAUAUUACUGGAAUACAAAAUUAAUAGAAAAUACACUUAUUUUUCAGAGUGCAGAAGGGGUGUGCAUGUGGCUGACCUUUUUCUGCCUAUCAUGUUGUAGCUUAAUGCAUUUAACCAACUCAACAAUUGGGUUGAUGAGGUGGAAAUUAUUGCUUAUUGGGAAACAUUUCAGUACUUUGAAAUAUUAAUAUUUCAACAAUUUUGCUUUAAACUGAGCUUUUCCGAUACCGGCACACAAUCAUGGGUGGAUCAAACUUGCCUAGAUUUAAGUUCAGAAGUAGUUUCUUACUGUCAUUAAUUGGGAAUCAUUGGAAGGAUAUCAGCAGGUUACUUGCAUGCAUAUGGACACAAAGGGCUGGAGUAACUCAGCAGCUCAGGCAGCAUCUCUGAAGAACGAGGAUAGGAGAUGUUUCACAUUGGGACCUUCAGACUAAUUAUGGUGGGGGGAAGAAAGCGAGAAGAGGGGAGAGGCAGGACAAAAUGUGGCAGCUAAUAGGUGGCUUUUGGUAGGCAGUUGGUUGGAACACAGGCCAAAGAUAAAAGCAGAUGGCGUUGAUGAAUUGCAAAUUAUGAACCUAUGGGAGGGGAGAAACAGGUGGGAGUCGGGGAGGGGGUGAAUAUAAAGGGGCGUUGUGGGGGAGAAAGGCCUCCUCCAUUGCCAGGGUGAGGCCUCUUACUAACUGGAGGAACAGCACUUGGGUAGCUUGCAACCCAACUGUAUGAGCAUUGAAUUCUCCAAUUUUAGGUAAACGGGAAGAUACCUGGGAAGGGGUUUGGUUGGGAAGGGAGGAGUAAAUCAAGGUGUUGUGAGGAAGAGGUCCUUGUGGAAGGUGAAAAGGAAUGGGGCUAGGAAGAUAUGCUCCGCGGAAGAGAGAAAUGGGUGGAACUGGGAAGAUGAAGUUAUUCCAGUGUCUUUAAAAUAAGCAAUCUGCAGUUCCUUGUUUCUACAAUUUGCACGGAAAUCACAUUUUAUAAUACUUUGAAUUUCAAGUUAUAUUGUGAGUGCAGAAAACAAUUUCUGUAAAAUGAAAAUUUUGAUUUAAACUAGGAAAUUAUUUCCAUUUUCAAAAUUACGAUCUGGUGGAUUUGUAGAUUUUAAUGCUGUUCAUCAAUAGAAUGAUGUAGACCAUACAUAUGUAUACUAAAUUUUAAUGGAGCAGAUCCAGCUAUGUUGGACGCAUAAAUAAAAGAUUAAUAUCUGAUGCAAUAUUUUCAAUUGCUGAUUAGACAAUUUAAGUCAAUUUCACAAUUAGGUUCACUGAAUAAUUGUAAAAUAUUGGAUUUUUUUUUAAAUGGGCCUAUUUAAAACUAGUUACUUGUUUUAAAUACCUUGUCUACAUCCACGGCUUUUUGAAGGCUUCUGUGUCAGAAAAGUAUGAAAAUUCCACUGUCAAUUAGUCUUGAUUGAUUUGAUUACUUGCAUAUUUAAGGUAUAUCCUUAGAGGCAGGGAUUAUCCCAACGUUUAAGGAAAGAUAGACACAUGGAUAGGACGGAUUUGGAGGGAUAUGGACCAAACUCGGGCAGGUGAGGCUAGUGCAGAUGGGACAUGUUGGCCAGUGUGGAUAAGUUGGGGCCGAUGGGCUGUUUCCAUGCUGUAUGACUAUGAUAAACUAUGAAAAUGAUGGAUAAAAUGUCUGUAUUUUCUGUAAAAUGCCAAUCUUUAGUUUGCAUAUCUGUGCAAUGUGCAUAAUUUACUUGCAUUCAUGGUCUUUUUUGAAAUGAAUAGUAUUUGCCUGUCGGUUUCAAAUGUAAUGUUCUGAAAUAUUUUAAUAUAUAAUGCUUCUUAAAUGAUGCACCUUUUUGUUAGAAGACACUUUGCAAUGUCCUAAGUAAGUUUUCUGUAACGCUGUGUACAAAUUAUUCAUAUCCAUGUAUUCGCGUGUACAAAGUGUAUACAUCUUGGAAGCUAAUAAAUGCCAAUAGUAU